AUGUCCACAUCAUCAGCUCGACUGUUGAAAGAACGAACCGUCGCCGCCGCCGCCGGAAAAAUCUCCCCUGCUGCUGGGAAGGCCAUGUCGACAGGGAAAGAGAACCCCAGGCCCACAUCUAGGGUUCGAGCCGCGACGCAGAAGCCCAUGGCCCGGAUCGACAAGUCCGCUGUUGAGGAGUCUCGCGCAGAUCCACGUGUCCGGAAGUCCUCCUCGUCGGUGCCCAGAGGUAGGAGCUCCAGCCCAUACCAGUUAACUAGGGGUUUAUCAGAUUCGAGGAAUAACUCUAGGGCUUCUUUUGGACCACCACAGAAGAAGGUAAAUACUUCUUUUUGGACUGAACAAUCGGUCCGAAAAUAUAAUCUUCGGAACAGGGUUUCAAGUGAUUUGGGGAGUAACGGUAAAUCCGAGAUUCUUGUUGAAAAAAAUGCUGGUAACAGGAAGAAAGAGGGGAAUUUGAGCUCCAUUUCUGUACUAAAUCCCGGUACAGAGAAAAGAGGAUUCAAAUGUUUGGAAAACAAUGAAAAAGGCCUGGAUGAUUUGAAAGCCAACUACCCAGAAACUAUAAACACUUCAAAUUUAAGAUCAUCCAGGGUCAGAAUUGAGCCUGACUCGAGAUCAGGAGAUUGUAAAAUGGCGACUUCCAAGUACCCCAGCAAGUUACACGAAAAGCUUGCAUUUUUGGAAGGAAAAGUGAAGAGGAUAGCCGAUGAAAUACAAAAGACUAAAGAGAUGCUAGAUAGUACUAAUCCAGAUACUUCCAAAAUGAUAAUGUCUAGCAUUCAUGAAAAGAUUUCUGGAAUCGAGAAGGCGAUGGGUGUUGUGGAGCGCAAUGGGGAUGACAACAUGGUCUCCGCAGAUAAUGGUGAAAAUGAGAAGGAUUCAACGAACGCCAAAAGUUUGAUUAAUGGUACGAAUGUUGAUGAAUUGGAAGGGCGGUUGUUCCCUCAUGAUAAGUUGAUCAGAGAUAGGAAAAUCUCAAAGAUAGAACCUGCCGUGGAUAACAGUGAAGUCAUAAUUUCUUUUGAUUGUUGUUUGAUUAAGAAGGGAACAAAGGUUAGUGAAGUUCAUGAAGGGGGGGAUGACGCGGUGAUAUUUGCUGCAGAAGGUUCGUCCAUGAAUGUAUUGAAUGGCAAUGAUAAUAUCGAAUCUUUACUUAUGGCUGAUGAAAAUCUCGAGGACUUUGAUGAUAGUCAACAUAAAAAGGCAACUAUGAUGUUUGAUAAUGAGAUUGAGGAGAAUUGUGUGCAUGAUUUGAGUGAUAUUGGAAGCAAGAUUUCGACUGGAGGUUGGUUUGUGUCGGAGGGAGAGUCGGUAUUACUUGCUCACGAUGACGGCUCUUGUUCGUUCUAUGAUGUUGCCAACAGUGAGGAGAAAGCCUUGUACAAACCUCCCGCUGGAAUCUUGCCAAAUACAUGGCGUGACUGUUGGUUGAUCCGGGCACCAAGUGCUGAUGGAUGUUCCGGAAAAUACGUUGUAGCUGCUUCGGCUGGAAAUUCUCUGAUUUCGGGCUUUUGCUCGUGGGAUUUCUACACUAAAGACAUUCGAGCUUUCCAUCUUGAGGAUGAAACUACCCCAACUGCAAGAAUAGUAACUGCAAGAACUGCUUUAGCCCCCUUACCAAAUAACACUAUGUAUAAUAGAAGAGAUCACCAUUUCACGGCUAGUGAAAGCCGUCAGUGGUGGUACAAGCCAUGUGGGCCCCUUAUAAUGUCGGCUGCCAGUUGCGGGAAAGCUGUGCAGAUUUUUGAUAUCCGUGAUGGAGAUAGAGUGAUGAGGUGGGAGUUGCCUAAGCCAGUGCUGGGUAUGGAUUAUUCGGUCCCUUUGCACUGGAGGAAUAAAGGGAAGGUGGUGAUAGCCGUGCCGGAUGGCCUUUGCUUGUGGGAUGUGGGGUCUCUUGAUUCGCGGGUUUUGAUGUCGGUCUCGUCUGGCGCUGGCCGGAUCUUAGCUCUUCAUGUGAAUAAUAGUGAUGCCGAAAUUGGGGGAGGAGUUAGGCAGAGAAUAAGUUCAUCUGAAGCCGAAGGUAAUGAUGGCGUGUUCUGCACGUCAGACUCCAUCUGCGUGCUCGAUUUCAGGCAACCGUCAGGCAUUGCUCUCAAGAUAUCCAAUACUGGGCUAGAUGUGCAAUCUGCCUUUUCCCGUGGGGACUCCAUAUACAUCGGUUGCCAGAAUAAUUCAAAUUCCUCCCUUAAAAACCAACAGCCUUGUUCCCAAAUCCUACAAUUCUCCUUGCGCAAGCAGAGGCUCAUGAGCACAUACACUUUACCUGAAUCGAGUGUUCAUAAUCACUUCAUGUCUGCAACACAAGUGUGGGGGAAUUCAAGCCUUGUGAUGGGAGUUUGUGGGCUUGGAUUGUUUGUGUUUGACUCCUUUAGGGAUGAUGUAUCGUCAGAAGAUCCAGGAUGCAUGUGGGAGCCCAAGGAGAUUAUUGGGCCGGAUGAUAUGUAUGCGCCUUCAUUUGAUUAUUCAGGCUCGAGGGUUCUUGUCAUAUCCAGGGAUCGGCCUGCUUGCUGGAGGUACUUGUUUUAG